AGGAAGAGAAGAAGAAGAAGAAGAAGAAGAAGAAGAAGAAGCUUGAAGCAGGAGAAGAAACACUAUUCAAGUCCGUCAAGCCAGCAGCAGGUGAUUGACAUGUUGCCAGUUGUGGUGGUCCAUGGAGGGGCGGGUCAUAUCCCAAAGGAGCGGGCACAAAACUCCACAUCAGGGGUGUCUGCAGCAGCCCGAGCCGGGUACAUUGUUCUCAAGGGAGGGGGCAGCAGCAUGGACGCUGUGGUGGAGGCUGUGACCCAGCUGGAGAAUAACCCCUCCUUCAACGCAGGCUGUGGGUCGGUGCUGAACGUGAAGGGAGAGGUGGAGAUGGAUGCUUUUGUGAUGGACGGGAAAACGCUGGCAACUGGUGCAGUGUCGGCUGUACGCGACAUAGCCAACCCAACCCAGCUAGCGAGACUGGUUAUGGACAAGACGAGUCAUGCAUGUCUCACUGCAGAGGGUGCCAAACAGUUCGCCCGCUCCAUGGGCGUCCCUGAGGUGCCUAUGGAGUCCCUCAUCACCGAGUACUCCCGCAUGCGCUGGAGGAAGAACCUGGCACCUGAUGCCAACCCUGUGGAGUGCCAAAUGGGGAAGAUGGGCACAGUCGGGGCCGUGGCAGUGGAUAGUGAGGGAGUUGUAGCCUGUGCGACCUCCACUGGUGGGAUGCUGAACAAGAUGGAGGGUCGGGUGGGGGACACACCCUGCAUAGGUUGUGGAGGUUAUGCUGACAACAACUCAGGAGCAGUGUCCACUACAGGCCACGGAGAAGCUAUCAUGAAAGUUGUUUUAGCCAGACUCAUCCUGUUCUACAUGGAGCAAGGUCAGUCAGCAGAGGCAGCCAGUGACUCUGCCCUGGUCUAUAUGAAGUCCAGAGUGGAUGGUCUUGGUGGUGUGGUGACGGUGGACCCUCAGGGUAACUGGGCCGCUCGUUUCUCCAGCCGGCAGAUGGCGUGGGCUGCAGCCCAGAAAGACACGCUGCACUACGGCCUGUACACUGGAGAGCACUUCACACAGAGCAUUGACGAGCCACACUGACACUUCACACAGUUUUCAGACUUUUUCAUUUGCACUAAUAGGAGAAAUCUACCGAAAUCAGAAAAUGAAUACUUCUUAUUUGAUUAGUUGUAUUGUGGAUGGACAGCUGUUGAUUAAAUGUACAGUCAGGUACCAGGAGAGGAGCCGUGCACAGACAGUCGAACACACAAUCUGUUUCAUUGAUUGUGUGAUAGAAACAUACUAAAAAGCCCAACUGAUUGGUUCUACUACUUGAAAUUAUCUUCAGUGAGUUAAGGCACUGAAAGCACUGUAGAGACCCCUUACGCACACAUUGCUGCAGCAGCAGGAUUCCUGAGGAGCCGACCUCUGACACCCUCAGAGUCAGGUUGACCUUUCCCACUCAGGCUUUCAUGGACUCAGAAGGCAGACGUCCAAUAACAAACAAUGUUCAGGUAAUCUGACACCACAGUGAUUGAAAAAUCAACAUCAAACUCCCUUUGUUUUUGGCCCCAGUUAAGAACUGUCACAAAAUGACAGUAAAUUUAAGCCUUUGCAUUUUCUAAACACAGCCAUGAUCUUCAAACCAACCUCAGUUUAAAUACUAAUUUUCUAUUUUCGGUCACCCUUGUGAAAGAGAUAGUAAAUCUCUUUCAAAAUGGUGACCUGGCCACGAGGGCAGCAGCACGUCAUAAUAAUAAUAAUAACAUACCUUCAUAUUAUCUCACAGGAUCUUACUGUAAUAUUAUCUUAGUACUGUAAAAUGAAACAUCUCCAUCAAUGCAAAGUUGGAACCAGAGCCAGUUAAUGUGAAAUAAUGCUGAUGAUCAAGUUCUGAUUGAAAUGCUGAAAUGAUCUUUUUGUGAAACAUUGAUUCUUAACUAUAAAAGUCUUAAUCUCUGA